AUGACACGACCUUGCUUGCUUGAUAUAAGUACGUAAAUAUUAGAAAAUUUGUUGAAAAUCGCACACUUUAACAAAAAUGGAUCUGAUCGAGGACGGUCAAUUUAGUGAUGCCGAGGAAAAUGAUAAACCGUUGAGUGUACCAAGAGGUAAACCAGUUUUCAAAUCAGUUGUGUGUGAAAAAUUGAAUGCAAUUAAUUUGGAAAAAAGUCAUGCUUCUGAAGUAGAAAACGGAGAUGAAGAAGAAAUUGAUGAUGAGUAUGAUGAUUAUAUAUACAAUGAUGACGAUGAAGAGACAGGUCACAAAAACAGAUUCAAAGUGAACCAAAAAACUACAAACUCACAGCAAAGCUCAUCCAAAAUUACUAAUUUUCAACCACCGGACAAACUUUUUCGAAGGUAUGCCAACAAAAUAAAUAUUGAAGAUUAUGAAGGCCCAAGGCUUGAGCAGUCGGCUACAAAUAUACUCAGUGAGAAAAACAGGAGUAUUGAAAAUAACAGACGUCGUGUCAAAGAUAAAAGUGAUCGCGCUACAGCUGAACAGGUUAUGGAUGACAGAACCAGGAUGAUUUUGUUUAAAAUGUUGAAUAAAGGUAUCAUUGACAAGAUCAAUGGUUGUAUUUCCACUGGAAAAGAAGCUAAUGUUUACCAUGCUAGAUCUAGUACUGGAAUAGAAUUUGCCAUAAAAAUUUACAAAACUUCUAUACUCGUUUUCAAAGAUAGAGACAAGUAUGUCACUGGAGAGUAUCGUUUUAGGCAUGGGUACUGUAAGAGCAAUCCGAGAAAAAUGGUACGAACAUGGGCAGAAAAAGAAAUGAGAAAUUUGAAUAGAUUGCAUCAAGCAGGAAUCAAGGCACCAAAGCCAAUUUUGUUGAAAAGUCAUGUUUUGUUGAUGGACUUCAUUGGUUCAGAAGGUUGGCCUUCCCCAAAACUAAAAGAUGCUGUGCUUACUACUUCAAAACCAAGAAAAUUAUACAGAGAAUGUAUUGAGAUUAUGUGGAAACUUUACAACAAAUGUAAACUAGUACAUGCAGAUUUGAGUGAAUACAACAUUCUUUAUCAUGAAGAAUCUUUAGUUAUAAUAGAUGUGUCACAAUCUGUUGAGCACGAGCAUCCUAAUGCCCUUGUAUUUCUAAGGAAAGACUGCACAAACAUUACAGAAUUCUUUCGAAAAAAUAAGGUGGCUGUCAUGUCCGUAAAAGAACUGUUCGAUUUUAUAACUGACCCAACAGUAAAUGAAAAAAAUAUAGAUGAGUACCUUGAUGUGAUGUCAAAAAAGAUGGAAGAAGAACCUACUAAUACUGAUCCGCAGCAGGAAAUAGAAGAAGAAGCAUUCAAAAAUAUAUACAUACCUCAAAGAUUGGAUAGGGUGAUUGACAUUGAAAGAGACAUUAAACUUGCAAAAUCUGGUAAACAUGAUCUUGUUUACAAAACCAUAGUUGGAUUGAUGGGUGAUUUAUCCAAACCUGCACAAGUUCCUAGUAUUUUAUCCAAACGAACUUCAAAAGAUAAAAGCGAAAGUGACAAAGACAAAAAAAGCAAUGAAACGAAAAAUCAAGAAUCUGAUGAAGAUUCAGAUGAGAGUGAUUAUAGUAGCUCAGGCGAUGAAAGCGAAGAAAAAAGUGAAGCUGAAGAAACAGAAUCGAAAUUUAUAAAUUCUGCAAGACCCAAGAAUGAAACAGCUGAAGAAAGAAAGCUAAGAAAAAAAGAAGUAAAAGAACAAAAAGCAGAAGUUAGAAAGUCUAAGAUGAAAAAGCACGUGAAGAAAAAAAAGACAAAGGCAUCAAAGAAAAAAUGAUUGUUAACAUACUGAAAAUACUGUUUUCAAAGAUUUGUUAUCGAGAUUGAUACAUCAUAUCAUGAUUAUUUCCCAACCAUGAAAUACUUGUAAAAAUAAUGUGUUAGUUGUAUAAUACACACUUUAUAAUGUUUACGACACAAGCGACUCAUUGAAUCUGUGGUAUACUAAUCUAAUCAGUUAUUUUUACUGAAAAUUUAAGUUGCACAAUAAGUAUAUGUAUGAAUAAAGAAAAAAAUACGCUUGAGAAAGUACUGUACGUUUUCUGAGUUGCAA